AUGUCUGCAAAUCUCUUUAAUGGGUCUCUUCAUUUCCAUUCGGGUACCACAACCCAUAUGAACUUUACUCACAUUUCAGCCCUAAAUUACAGAUUCAGUCAUCAAUUUCCUCAUAAGAAACCAAAACCUACCACUACCAGAUACACUGUUAUCUGCAGUUCAACAAUUCGACCCAAGAGAAACUCCAAGUCUGUAGAAAACACAGAGGCUCAUGAUUUAGUUCGAAUGCUAUUGAGAAAUUCCAACAAUGACAAGUCAUUGCUUUCGACCCUAAACAAGUAUGUGAAGUUAGUGAGGACUGAACACUGUUUCCUUCUGUUCGAGGAGCUUGGCAAAUCUGAAAAAUGGCUUCAAUGCCUUGAGGUGUUUAGAUGGAUGCAAAAACAGCGUUGGUAUGUAGCAGAUAAUGGAGUAUAUUCAAAACUAAUAUCAGUAAUGGGAAAAAAGGGUCAAACCCGAAUGGCAAUGUGGCUCUUCUCUGAGAUGCGAAACAGUGGGUGUAGACCCGAUACAUCUGUAUACAAUUCACUCAUCACAGCCCAUCUUCACUCCAAGGAUAAACCCAAGGCUUUAUCUAAAGCUCUUGGAUACUUUGAUAAAAUGAAAGGUACAGAACGCUGCAAACCUAGUAUUGUAACAUACAACAUUCUUCUAAGAGCAUCAGCUCAAGCGAAAAACAUUGUUCAAGUAGAAACUUUGUUUAAAGAUCUUGAAGAAAGCAUUUGCACUCCCGAUAUUUUCACAUUCAAUGGUGUGAUGGAUGCUUAUGGGAAAAACGGGAUGAUAAACGAAAUGGAAAGGGUGCUUGCUCGUAUGAAAAGUAAUCAGAUAAAACCCGACAUCAUUACUUAUAAUCUGUUGAUUGAUUCGUAUGGAAGAAAACAAGAAUUUGAAAAGAUGGAACAGGUGUUUAAAAGCUUGUUGAGGUCAAAAGAGAGACCUACUGUUUCCACUUUCAAUUCAAUGAUAACAAAUUACGGGAAAGCACGUCUUCGUGAUAAAGCAGAAUUGGUUUUUGAGAAGAUAACAGACAUGGGAUAUGCCCCGAAUUUCAUUACCUAUGAAUGCAUGAUUAUGAUGUAUGGAUCUUGUGAUUGUGUUUCAAAGGCAAGAGGGAUAUAUGAUAAGAUGAUAGAGUCUGAAAAGCAAGUGAAGGUUUCGAGUUUGAAUGCGAUGCUAAAUGUUUACUGUGUGAAUGGGUUACCUUUGGAAGCAGAUAAGCUGUUUGAGAGUGCUUCUAAUAGUGGGGUUAUUCCUGUAGAUUCUUCAACGUAUAAACUUUUGUAUAAAUCCUACACGAAAUCCAACAUGAAGGAGUUGUUGCAAAAACUAUUGAAGCAUAUGGAUAGAGAUGGGAUUGUUCCAAAUAAAAGAUUCUUUCUAGAUGCUUUAGGAGCGCUUGGGUCUUCAAGAAGUGAAUCUAAACCUGAGUAUAUUGGUUCUAAAGUUAGAUUUAAUAGAGUGAGAAAGUUUUCAAAGAAACUGAAUGAAGAGCAUAGUCAAGUAAAGGUAUUUUUUGUUGGCUUCCAUCUAUCUGGUGAUAAUGAAAGCGAUUUCCGGGCAUUGCUGUCGUUCAAAUCGAUGAUCAGCAGUGAUCCAUACGGAGCUCUAAGCUCAUGGGGCAACACAACUUCCUUUCAUUUCUGUGAAUGGAAUGGUGUUUCAUGUGGGAAAAGGCACGGAAGAGUGACUGCUCUAGUACUCAAGUCGCAAGGCCUAGAAGGCAUGUUGUCUCCAUAUGUAGGGAACCUGAGCUUCCUUGGUUUCUUUUCUCUCUUCAACAACAGCUUUCAAGGAAGCAUCCCUCAUGAACUGGGUCGUCUAUCCAGGAUACGUGUCAUCGUUCUUGGCCAUAACAAAUUCAACGGACUCAUUCCAACCAACUUGUCUCGUUGUUCUAACAUUGAAAAGCUUGUACUCAAUCAUAACCAGCUAGUUGGAAGCAUACCCAAGGAGAUGGGUUUCCUCUCCAAGCUUAAAAUUCUUGUAGUUGAGGAUAAUAAGUUAACAGGUGGAAUCCCAGCUGUCUUGGGGAAUUUAACAUCCAUGAAAAUCUUCUCUGCAGCUAGAAAUCCAUUGGGUUUGGGUGGGAGCAUUCCAGACACCUUAGGCCAUUGGAAAAGCUUAACAACAUUAUACCUUGAUGGUUGUAGCUUAUCCGGAACCAUCCCUCAUUCCCUUUACAACCUCUUGCUCCUAACCAAUCUUUCCCUGGCUGAGAAUCAGCUUAUUGGUGUUCUUCCCUCAGCCAUAGGUGCACUGCUCCCUCAUCUUGAGUCCCUUCAGUUACACCAUAACCAACUCACCGGACCUCUUCCACCCUCCAUAUCUAACUGUUCCAAGUUAACAGUUAUUGAAAUGAGCGAUAACAAUUUUAUUGGCAGGUUGAAAAUCGACUUUUCAAGACUAGAGAAUCUCUAUUCUGUGACCAUAGGGAGUAACAUGUAUGGAUUUGGAGAAGCUGAUGAUAUGAAGUUCAUCGAUGCUUUGAAAAACUGCAGCAGAUUAGCAAUUUUGGAUCUUUAUAACUCCAGCUUUCAAGGAGUGCUGCCCACGUCAAUUGGUAAUCUGUCUAAUCAACUUAGUUUUUUGCAGUUAGGAGGAAAUCAAUUUUCUGGAAACCUUCCUUCAAGUAUAGCUCGAUUCCUUGGAACAAAUUCGAACCAAAACAGCACAAGUGGGAUCAGAGGAACAGUUGGGUAUGCACCCCCAGAGUAUGGUGUGGGGAGUGAGAUGACAAGUAGUGGGGAUGUCUACAGUUUUGGAAUACUAUUGUUGGAGGUGAUGACAGGGAAAAGGCCAACAGAUGACAUCUUUAAUGAAGAUCUCAACCUUCAUAAGUUUGCUGACAUGGCCUUGCCAGACCAUGUAACUGAUGUUAUUGAUGAUGGCCUUUUAGAUAUUCUUCAAGAGGAUGCUAUUGCUACACAAUAUACUUUAGCAUAUGCAAACAAGAUAGAGGAUUGCUUGGCUUCAACCAUCAAGAUUGGGGUAUCAUGCUCUGUGGAUUCUCCACAACAACGGAUGAAUAUCGAAAAUGUUGUUCAUGAGUUGCAGCAUAUUCUGGAAAAACUUCAACAUAUUUGAGGUGGAAUGUUUCGGGGUGUUAAUUGGAAGAUAGUAGUAUUGUAUUGAAGUAUUUGAUAAAUAUUGUGUUUUUAUGGAUGAAAAUGUGAAAUAAAUGGAAUUUUGAAUAAAAUGUCAAGUCAACGCACAAAUUGAGUAGAUAAACAAGACAUCUCGAAGAGAUGUUGAAGUCAAAUCGAAG